AUGUCAGGUCCGGAUCCGGAGACAGACCAUGGCCCCCAGCAAUCCCAGCAGCGGCAACCACCUUUAUAUGUCAACAUUGCACACUUCAGCAUCUGCUCGGACGCAGAAUGCCCGUUUGAGACGACCGAGGAGACCCAUCUUUUGAUCAACAAGCAGCGGGUCGAUAUCGCGGAGAGGUCAAAUGCUGCGGUCGCUUUAUCCUACGCCUGGGGUCAUUUCGAGCACACCGAGAGACUGCUUGGACACACCCAUGAAGGAAAACCGAUGCAUGUUGUCCUCGGCGCAGAAUGGAAUACUGGCGACUUUUCUCACACCUUGGUAAGGCUCUCCGCCGAGCAAGGAGGUUGCUGGAUCGACCAGCUCUGCAUGCCGCAAAAGGACGAGGAGGAGGUCAGAAAAACGCUGUCCAGUAUUCCGUCUGUGUACCGCACUCUAGACGUUGUCGUGCUCUUUCCCGGAGCACCCUGCAAGUGUCUGCGUGAGCAGCUCGAUGAGAUGAACCGCGCCAAAGAAGAUGGGACGUACGAAGAGUACAUGCAGGCCCGACCGCCACGCAUAAUCGAUACGCUCCAUGACAGUUGCAUGAAUAUCAUCCCUGUAUCUUCUUGGUUUACGAGGGUUUGGACGCGCCAGGAGAUGAUCUAUGCCCGAAGGAUAAAAGUGGUAUGGACCAAGGUGGGGGUUUCGCCAUGCGCCGAGGAGUUGGACCUGAUGGAUGGAUCAGAGCUGGCAGAAGAGCUGGACAGAUUCUCUCCGUUCCUACGUCUGCAGCAGCGUGAGCAUGCAAGGAGCUCAUACGACACUAACUACGCGCCGAUCUUCGACAAGGGCUUAUGGUUCUGUCUUCGACAUGCUCUGAGAGUCGGGACGGUGCUCAGCAGACAACACUUUCUAAUGGCCAUUUACAUAUCAGCUGGCCGAUUAAAGAGUGCCAUAUACAAGGCUUUGACUCGGAGGGACAGUUCCAGUGACCCCUACGAAGGUUCAAAGCAACGGGCAUUACAGAAAAGCAACAGACAUGGGUGUGCUGCUGCGCGAACUAGCCGGGGGAUCUUCCUCCAGUCAGCCGUGUGGGCGUUUAUGUUCUGGACCAGGCGAGACGAGGGCUGGACCGACUUGACUGUCGAGCAUGAGAUCUACCUGUUCUUUGCCGGCGAGCAGCUGACAGUUCCGCCUCCUCGGUAUCCCGACUUGAAGAGGAAUCCCCUCCGCCAGUUUCUCUAUGACCUGGAAGCUAGCUCGUCGUCAGCCCGGUCAUGCACCCAGCCAAAGGACUACGUCAAUUCAGUCUGGGCUGAUUGUCCGGACUAUGUCUUAAGGACGGCCAGUAUGAAAGCCAAGCUACCGACCCUUCUUGACGACGCAUUGAGCCAGCUGCGUUUAAAUCAUGGCUGUGCGCCAGUGACGAGCGCCCCGUCAGGCGUGUUCGGUGCCCAGGUUUCAACGGGACUCUGGGUGCCAUCGAAAUAUCUUCUGGAAGACGAGGUACACACUGACGGUGACGUGUAUAAACCGAUCCAAAGCACGGUGUCUCUACCCAUAACCAACACCGGGUCCAUACCUCUGCGGCUGACAGGUCAAGGCGGCAUCUCGCUAUCAGACAUGGCUGUUGACUACGAAACCGAGUACGGCAAGCUGUCAACAAAGGCCGCCUGGGAGAUGAUCCACAGAAUAGCACGCGCCUGGUCAGUCAUCCAGGUCCCAAACCGCCUUUCCUACCUGACCGGGCCCACCGGCGUCCGUUCAGCAAGGGAGGAACAAGCCGUCAAAGAGAACCGCAGUGUGAGUCUCAGCGCGAUCCUCCACAAUGUAAAGACCCUAGCCGGGUUUCUGUACCGGACCGUAUUCAAAGUCCUGAUUGCCGGCGGCUCGCCCCUAUCCAGCAAAGCCUUCGCCGAGGAAGCCAAUCACCCCGGCAGCGAGAACGAAAAUCUGGACAGAGAGGCAGAGUUCGUAAAGAAGAUUGAAACCUCCGUUGGCGACGAGGAACCCCCGACGGACUACGCCUGGAUCAAGAAGGACCUCGACCACGGCCAUCUGCUGUAUAUCGCUGUUUCACGCGCACUGGGGCUCUGGGAUUGGCAGGUAUGCCGGGUGAAGGGCCUGCGGUUGAUGGUUUCGCUCGCUUCGGAUCCACCGUGCAUUGGCUUUGCGCAUCCGGACUUCUUCCGCAUAUGGAAGGGCCGGAAGGAGACUGUUACCCGCACGGUUAGAGUUCUGUCUGGGUUGAUGUAUGAGGUCGUGCAGGUGCCUGGGACUGGAAUGGGAGGGGAAGAGGCAGCUGGAGAGCAGGAGCAGUAUCGGGUUUUUGGGGUGUGGGUGCCCGUGAAUCGCAUUCCGAAAGAGAAUGUGUAUGCUGAGGUGAAAAGGGGGGCGUCGGAUGCAUUUAUCAUAUAG